UUGGUGCAGUUCUGCAUGCAAUUGAGAAUCCAUUGGGUUCAACAUCUGUGACAUUUGAGGCACAGAAUGCCCUUCUCAAGUUGCUGUCACAACUUCCGGAGGAGAUGCAGGAGUUCUCACAUCUGUGGUGCCCGCCACUGUACCGAAGACUUCUAAGUGAAGCGAAGAGAGAACGAGAAAGGGCAGAGGAAUGUCUGGAAAAAGCGAGACCACAACUACUUCCACCCAGCAAGACGCUGUCCUCGAUAUUGGCAGCAGAUGUGCGAUCCUCCCUGUUGAUGCAGUUGAAGUCGCUGGUGUCAAAAUCACCUUCUCAGGCUUUGGGCGGAGUAAGGGCGUGGUCCUGGAUUGUGCUCUUGCUGGGAUCCAGACUAGUGGAUAGAUCAAUGCUCAUCAACGAGAUGCUGAAGAUUCCCGAAGCGACAAUGUUAAGCAAGAAUGUCUCCGUGCGACUUGGGUCACAGGUAGCUUGGAAGGGGCUGAUUGACAGUCUUAUAUCUGCCAACCUGGUCACUAAUGGCGGUGAACCAAUGUCGCCUGCAACUCCUGUGCUUCCGCCCUGUGCAGCUCCUUCACUCGAUGGUUGUGCCAGCCCUGAAAAAUCCUUUCUCAUGAAAGGCUCGCCGUGCAAUUCCCUGCGGCCCGAUACGGCCACUCAUGCUACCCCGUCUGUCAAGCGCCUUCGCCUCCUGAUGAUCCCUCUGAUCAACUCAAUUGAUAAUGAUGUGGAUGCUGCUGUCCGAUUGGCCGCGCUUCGCAACUGGAUUUACCUAGUGGAAUGCCUAGGGAGUUGGGUGAGGACUCCCCCUGUGUUUGCUGUGGUGGCCUCCCCAAUGUAUGAGAUGAUUUUCCGGAAAGGUGCACAGCGAGGGGAUAAAGUUGUUUUCGGUAAGGUGCUGGCAUGCUUUGAGGACCUGAUUGUAGGCAGAAACCAAUGGGCAUGCUCUACCCCGCCACUCCAACCCCUCCAUGAGCCGUGUGCAAGUCCAACCAAUAGAGAGAAUCGGUCAGCAAUCGGUCUCCCACCUGCGUCACCUAAACUCAGAGCAGGAGAGGAAGCGGGAUUAGAUGUCAUGGGUACCCCUUUAUCGGGGAAAGGGGGCACUGAAGCGGGUAAGAGUGCUAUGUGGGAUCCGGCGGAAAUCUCUCGGAUUUUGGAUUUGAUCACAGUGCUGAUGAAGACAGAAGGUGACGAGCUGGAGGGAGCAGAUCAGGCGAAAGACGUCGUGCCAGUGUGGGAUUCAGUUCGCCUCUUUACGUUGCUGCUCAGGCGUGUGGAGCAAGAAGGCAAGGGGUCAGUGCGACCCACAGAAGAGCAUGUUGCUGCGGUCAAGUCUGUCUUGCACUGGACGGUGUCGUUGGUGAACGGGACACAUCCGUCCAUUACACUUACAUGGAUGAUAAUGGAGGCAAUGAUUACCGAACUGAAAUCAACAGUCCUUGCAUCGUCAUUCUACCGGCUGCCGUUGACGGAAGGAGGGCUGGGGUUGCAGAAAGAGGCCGAUGCAGGAGGUGGGAGCGGUGGUGAAAAUGUGCCCAGCAUGCCGGCUCCAGAUGGGGGAUCAAAUAAGCCUUGCGAUCUGCCCAUGGGUCUGGGAGAACCUGUAACCCCUUUGGUUUACUUAGCAGCCGUCUGGUUGCAAAGAGGAAUCAGAUUGUGCCGCAGCGAUCCCAUGGUGAGGAGUUGGAUUGCAGACAGGGUAUCGCAGCUGAUGGAAGCUGGGAGCAGCGGUCAUGAUGUUAGUGGGAAUGCGUUAGCGUGCAUGAAGCUGCUCGAGUGGGCGACGAAUCAGGUAAGUCAGUCUUGUGGAGAAGAGCUUGGCAGAAGUGAUGUCGAUUUCUUGCUGACCGUGUGGGUGGGAUUCGCACGGAAUGUAAGAGUUGCUCUGGAGAAGGCAAACGAGGUCGGUGGUGGAUCAGCUAGCAAUGGGAGAGGAGAGGGUGGCUCCCACCUUGUCCACUUGUCACUGCUAAUGCCGUUCCGGAUUUUGUCUGUUGCUUUGGAAGGUCAGACGAAACAGGGGGAUGCUCCCUUGCAAUGCAGCUUUGCAGGCAAAGCAGAGGAGAACGAAGCUCUGGAUCUCGUGCAAAACAUGUGGGAGCAACUGUUUGGUGUUGUGUACCGUGUGCUGUCUCUGAAAGGCGGGACGCAGAAUGAAUUUGCGGGUGUAUUUUUCCAGAAAUUGUUGAAGCUGCUCGGUAACGGGUUGGGGGUUGUAUGCAUGCAUGAAAGUCCUCCACUGAGUCAGAAGGGCAGCGGAUUGCAGGAGGACAAUGCCUUGGAGAACACGCAUGCUCUGAAGAGCUGCUUCAUAGAGCUUCUGGUGUCGGUUGUUGCAAAAGUUUUGGGGCAGCUGGAGUUUUCAAACGUCUCAGUGAUGACCAUGUUCAGAAAGAGGAGAAGGGGAAAAGGGAGCUUCGCGAGCACAGCGACUACUUCGCCCGCAGAUGUCGAAGAUGUGCGUAGCAUUCGCGAGUUACUGAUGGUCACUUCAAGGUGUUUGCUCUUUCCAUUCAGCCCAUUCUGCAAGGGAAAGGAGGGUGCAAGGCGACGAGAAGCCAUUGCUUUAAGGCUUUUUCCUGCGCUGGAGGCGUUCAUCAAGGAGCUAUCGACGAAGCAAGACGUGCUGAUUCUGAUUCAGGAGCUAUGCGAGCCGUUUGUUCAGUGGCUAUCUGCUGGUUCAGUUACAAGUAGUGAUGCAAGUGUGGCGAGCCCAGGUCCCGCAACAGCGACAGAGUCGUCGCCUGGGAAGGCGGCAGCUUCGUCUCUUUUGUCUUGGGAGGAGCGUUCCGUGCAGCACAGGGGAGCCUUUCUGCUUCCUGCCAAGGUGAUGAGGAGCUUGCAAAAUGCAUGGAGCUCAUUCCUGUCGCUUCUGCAGAGCUGCAGACCCUCUAUGUCUUUCGACUCUACACUUCUUGCUCUGAUGGCGCCUAUGCUUGCCCGCGCUCUUGUGCAUCCGUUUGACCCUAUUGCGAACGUGACGGUCUGCUUCUGGCAAACGACAUUUGGUGGCCUCACAGGAGGUGGUAGUAGCAGCAACGGAGGAGGGGCUUCUGGGUCAACAGGGGGUGCACUUGUUGGUAAUGGUGGGGGGGUUGGAGCAGGGUCCAGUCGGAUCAUGGCUCUCUUGAAGGGAGAGUCCCAUAAAGGGAACAUUGGGAGAGUUGGCUCAUCGUUGACUACAGGACGGGGGUCAGGGAAGCUAUCUGUGCAGGGAUGCCUUGAGUAUCCUUCUGUCCUUCGACCGGUUCUCGCCCUUCUCCGCCAGAAAACAGCAAUAAGUCUUCCGUCAUGGCGGGAGUCAGAUUCUGGCGGCAGGGGUCCUGCGUCUACUCCCAGUUCCGUAGUCGCUGGGGGUCGCCCAGGCGUUGUGCCAAGGGCUGAUUCAGCGCCGCAUGAUAGUGGCCAAUCACCACUUGUCACAAUCGGGGCAGCUCAUCCGUCUGCUGCAUAUGACGAAAAGGCAGCCGAUCGUCAAAAUGAAAAUGCGGUGGAGGAACAUAUUUUGCAGACAAAUCGAGGCGGUCAGUCGGCUCCGCAGUGCAUUAAGCAUGGCGAGAGCGGGGUGAUGGAAGAGGGUAGAACAGGACAGCCGGAAGCACAGACACGGCUUGCAGGACCUGCUGCUAGUGCUUUUGCCAGCCUGAAGACACUUGAUGCUAAUAAUGCCUUCUUUGAGGGAAGGGCGGUAAGCUCUGAAGCUCCCAAGAAGAUUUCGUUUACGGUUGUUGAAAGUGAUGCUGGGCAACGUGCCACAGCUUCGGUAGUUGCGGAAUCGACGAGUACAGUCCUUCAGGAUGGGAAGAAGGAUGAGAAUCCUAGAGGAUGUGAGAGAGGGACUGUAAGUCCUCGUAUUCCUAUCAGUCCGAUCAAUACUGGGUUAAAGCUACAGUGGAGUGCUCUGAAGGACUCCAGAGGGCAAGCAGAUCAAGGAGCUGGCCAAAAGGACAGUCCUGCAUUACUGAGGAGGAAGAAGAAGCUUAGGUUUUGGGAUGAGAGUGAAGAGGUGGAGUACGUCAAGGUUCCAUCCAAGAGCAAUGAAAAGCCUUCUGGACCAUUGACAGAGCGACAGAAGGAGGUAAGAGAUGCACAGCGAGGACGGGGGGGACUCGGGGGAUCAUUGCAUGGCACUGGGGGCGUGCGAACGUACACGUCUGUGGAUUACACCCAAAGUCUGGGCAUGGAAGACACACAAGACGGAUGCGAUUGGGAGGCUAGAAUAGGAGCCAAAGAGAAAGAGGCUAUGGAGAAAGCCAACACUGGAGGCAGAGAAUGCAACACGGAAGGUAAUGCCGGAGUUGCAGUUGGCAGGGAAUCCGGCUGCGGGAUCCAGCCUUUGCUUGUCAAAGAGCGCAAGUCAGGGCCGCAGGAGCCGUUGCCAGACAAAAGUAGCGUAGCUAAGGGCGAGGAAAAUGCAGCAGCAUCGCCUGCAGCAAUAAAAGGUUCUGCUAUGGAAACGUUAUUGCAGCAGGGAGAGCAAGAACAGCAACGGGAACUGGGAGCGGCAGCGCCGACAGCAAUAAAACGUCCUGCUGUGGAAACGUUUUCGCAGCAGCCACACCAACAGGGUGGGGAAUCUGGCGGUGGUAUCCAGCCUUUCCUGGUCAAAAACGGCGAGCCAGGGCCACAAGAGCCAUCGCCAUUGAAUGUAUCACUGCCAAACAAAAGCAGUGAAGCUAAAGGUCCUGCUGAGGAAAAGCCUCAGCAGCAGCAAGUGCAACAGCAGCAACAGCAACAUUAUCAACAGGGAGAUAAGAAUAGCCGGACCGGAUUGCUGAUCGACAGACAAGGCCCAGGGAACAAAGGGCUCUCGCUGCAUAGUGAGUCACCUGAACCAGUCGUCGUGAAAAACGCGAAAACGGAAACCGUGCACUGCCAGGCUAACAACAACUUGACAGUUGAAGGUGGGAAGCCUGAUAAUGAUAGCAGCGCAUCGGAACAGAGGAGCAACUUUGAGAGAAUGAAUGCCCCACAUAACACAGGAACUCAGGCUGUAGAAUCGGACAGAAUAGAGGAAAGCGAUCCUCGCGUUCUUGAUGCCAAGAAAGUGGAUGGAUCAUGUAAUACACACGGACGCGUUUCCGCGGAUGGCGACAGACAAUCGGCACGUGUACGAGCGGUGCGACCCGAGUCGCCGGAAUGGUCAGUUUUUUGUGACGAGCGGACAUUGUCAGGAAAGGAAACAAGGAUUGUUGAAGAGGAGAUGAAGGAGGAUGACGACGUUCAGCACGAAACUGAUACCGUACUGACGAACCAUUUCGCGGGCAGUUCCAAGCGUGUCGUUUUGGCCCAAAAGAGAAGUGGGGUCGACCUGCUCAGGGAAUCCAAGAGGUUGAGAGGCAUGUCAGGAGCCGAUCCGCAUUCUGGUGGUGGGCCUAAGAGCUACGCUGACACUGAGCAGAAUCACGACGUCUGUGACCAGAAUCAGGAUGUAAGUGACCAUACCUUGAUUGCUUUUGUGGAUCUAUGCCGUGGUUAUGGCGCCGAUGCACCGGUUCCUGUGGCAAAGCAGAAUGUAGAACAGGAUGGAAGUUCCUUGCAAGGGCCAAGCAGGCAGACCGUUACAGAGGCAGUAGACCGAUCAGGCGACGAUCUUCCCUGUCCGUCGAAUUCAGGACGCAAAGAGGGAAGACGUGAAAAAGAUGCUGCAGCACCUCACAGUACCUGUAGUGUGCCUACGCCGCAGAAACACGGGACUCGCUCGACGAGUUUGCAAGAUGGCCACUCGGCUUGCGAGUGGAAGAGUGAGGGCAGGUGUUCUGCUGUCGUGGACGGAUGUCUGACGCCAGGCACAGAUCCAGAAGAAGAAGGGCUGCAGUUGCAGGAGUCUUCUCUCAGUCCUGUGGUUGAAGCAACCGACCUGCGCCCUGCGGGGGAAACACAAAUAUCUGUGUUAGUUAACAAACAGACUGUUGGGGAUGCUGAGGCACAAUCUUGCAGCGAACAGUAUGCUUAUCAGUAUCGCCAGGGGACGGCAGUGGAAACUGGUGGUCAAAAAGACAUGCAAGGUGAUGAUAGGAUUGCGAGGAACGUCACUGGCAUUGUGGAGGCUGUGGUUCCAACAACACGGGGCGAGGUGAUGAACAGAGAAGCUCGAGCGGUAAAUCUCUCCUUGGGCAAAGCUGGACAAAAUGGAGUGGAGUCUUCCAUGGACGAAGUUGAGGUUAUCCGUGAGAAUGAUCAAGGACAGCAUCUCCCACUGGCAGUGGUGGAGAGAGAGAUGGUGGAUUGUCAGAAAGCAUCCCCCCAGACCAUUCGGUGCAUGGCGGGGCGGAAGGGAUACGUGGACGAAAAAGGAAAACGCCAUCAUCCGAACAUCGGUACUCCUCAAGGUCUACUAAGCAGCAUGUCAGUUAUGCCUCGUGGUCAGCCAGGAGGCCCAAAGGGUGGUAUAGUGGUAGGUGGUGAAGAAUCUGAAGAUGAAGGCGGCGCCCAAGUUUUGUCGAGGAAGACAGCUGGCAUCAAGACAGUGGCAAAAAGUUUUGUCGAGGACAGUAAUGGUGAUGAGGAUGAGAUCGACAGAGACUUGACCCUACUCCGCCGACUUUCCCAAGCGGGUCAGUGGGACCGAAUGGAUCUGCAUUCACUCAUCGAAGCACAAGAGUGUGCUGCACGCAUUAGCAUGGGAGUCGCAGGUGCAAUGAGGGCACAUCUCAUACGGAUUCUGUCUGAUAAAUGAGUGCCCUCAGAUUCACAAUACUGUUUUCGCACCUUUUUGGUUUUUUCCUCUUCUCAACUUAUCAGGUUGAGCUGAUCGACAUUCCAAAAAUUAGGAAAUUUUGAGUCUUGCCGGUUCUGAACUGCGUGGGGACUGACAAGACGACCGCUGGUUAAUCCCUCGACGAAGCCGCAUUUGGAGUCGGCAUGUUGUGACGACAAUGCACAUGAAGGCUGUCUACUCCUUUCCACCGAAGAAGUGCUGGAUGUUUUGUUUCUAUUUCUAUUUGUUGUAAAUUAUCAGGAGCUUCUGCCUCGGGACACAGGACGACUGUGAAAGAGAAGAAGGUAGAAGAGACAAGAGCUAGUAUCUGUUAGCAAACACAGCAGCAUUUGCAGC